GUUAACGUCGCCAUUUUGUUUCAUGAUUCGACAGAUUUUCGUCGAUAAAAAAAAGCAUAUUUAUAAACUUAUUUUUAUGAGAGUGUUUUCCACACAGACAGAAAACUAAGAUGGAAGGUUUGUUUGAUAACUUGCUGAUAAUAAUAUUGGUUUUGAUUAUACAAAUUGGACUUAUUUCGGCGGAGGAAAAAGUCGAGCGGUACAAGAUUGAAGGGAAAGUUACUAUCUCUGGAGAAAAAAACUCAGAUUGGGUAUCUGAGACCAAAGUUAUCGUGGAAGGUGGUAUAUAUGUGGGUUUUUUACGUCCUGAUGGAUCAUUCACAAUAAGAGAUGUACCAGCAGGAUCUUACAUAGUAGAGGCUAUCUCACCAAACUAUUUAUUUGAACCAGUCAGAGUGGACAUAAGUGGCAGAGCAAAGGGGAAAAGUCGAGCUCGUAAAGUGAACUUUCUUCAGAAUUCUGCUGUAGUGCAGGUUGCUUAUCCAUUGAGAUUUAAAGCAAAGGCUCCAGCCCCGUUCUUUGAGAAACGAGAAACAUGGAAUAUUAAAGAUAUGUUGUUUAAUCCUAUGAUAAUCAUGAUGGUGCUUCCAUUAUUAUUGUUACUUGUUUUGCCAAAGCUGAUUUCUACAGCAGAUCCAGAAACACAAAAGGAAAUGCAGUCUUCAAUGAACAUGUUCAACCAAUCCAAAGAUUUACCAGAUAUCUCAGAUUGGUUUGCUAAGAAUCUAUCUGGUUUUACCAAGAAAAAAACAGCAUCAAAAGCACCAGUUAAAAAACCAUUAAUUGGACGCAAACGAUAGAACAGAAAUAAUCAAUCUGCAAUAACGUUACAUGGAAUAUAGAUUACAGCUACUAGAAGAUAAUGUUUCUACAUGAUUGUUCUAGAGUAAGACUAUAUAAUAAGCUGCAGUAUUAUUCAUACUAGUGCCAUUAGCAAUGGUGAAAUUUGUUUUUUUUCUUUUUUCUUUCUAAUAUCAUCUUUAUUUUGUAUUAUUUUUUUAUUUCAUUCAACAUUAAUUUUAAUGUCCAGGCCAUUUUGUAUGUAUUUUCAAGUAUUAGGCAGCUCCUGUGCUAUCCUUGAUUGGAAAUACAGCUAGAUUUUGUCAACAUCAAUAUUAGUUUAUCUAGUUGAACAUUCAUUAGUAUUCUGCUCACUAUUAUUUCUCUCAACUUUGUUCAAUCUGGUCUUGAUGCUACAGAUGAAGUUAGAUUAUUUUACUGUGUCAUUGGCGAUAUGAAGACGUAUGACAGUAUAUACCGUGUGUUAAAUUCAGUGUAUUCACUAGAUCCUCCAAACAGCUUAUAUUCCUCCACAUUGCUGCAAAAUUAGUGCAAUGUUUUGUAAUUUCCUUCACGUUAAUGGAUGUAUUGAAUACACUCUGGUGACUUUCGUAAACCCGUGAACAUUUAAUUAUAUCUUUAUUGUGCACGGUUUUCGUCUUGUAAAGAAGCACUUCAUACACUUUUUUCACGAAAUUUUGAAAACCAUUCUAAUGGCAAACAAAAUAGAAAUUAUAUGAUAUAGAAUUGACUUUUAUCGUGAAAGAGUAGUCCACUUUUCGUAUUACGUCUCAGUAGUUGCACACAAGAGAAUCAAAACUGUUGCCUUCAUUCAUAAAGUAUGCUUCAACUGAGGCGACAUUCACGACUUUCCAUAUUCGCGUUCAUUGACCACGAACAAAGCAGUGGACCAUUUGUUCAUGGUCACUGACAGUGUAUAGAAUGUUGUGAAUUAGGAAUUCCUCUAUGGGCAAAGAAAUAGUUGGUAGUACAUUCUAAAUCUAGUCUUGUUUUUCUUUUUUCAAAACGUUUGUGAGUAGACGCAUGAUUGGCAACACGAAAUCAUCAAUCUCGCAUUACGGUCACUAUCCCUGCCACUCUCCUGAUAGUAUAGACUAAGGCUUCGCAUAAUCGUAUCUACUAUUAUAUGUGAUUUGGACUCGGUGAUAAGAAUCAACUUGUUGUCAUUGUGUCUCUCUAAUCCUUAGUUUCUAUAAUCGAUUUUGCAUUCGAGUUCCUCAAGACUAUUACCAACAAUCCCAACCGUGCAUUUUUGGACGAUUGGCACGAUUACGCGAACACUAGGCCUAUAUGUGUAGAGUCUUGAAUUGGUGCGUUUUACAUUCUUGGCAAGUCGUAAUUCAGCGAUAGGCUUCAGUAGAGUGAUUUAUGCCAUUUUAUUAAGUAAAUCAAUACCUACAUUUUCUUUAAGUAAUUGUUAUAUUUUCUAUAUUGUUUCAAGGAGCUAAAUAAUCUAUAUAAUCUGCCGUCCAUUUUAGAAGUUGUCAAGGCAGUCUGAAUGAAGCCCACCAGCUGAGGUUUGCAGCUCAAUUUACGAUUAAAAAAUAUCAACUAAA